AUGGACCAAAUCAAGGACACCUUUUAGGGUGCACUCGACUUUAGUAACCCAUGCAGCACGAGGUAUUUUGGAAUUUACAGAAGUAACCUGCUAACUGAUUGAUAUAUUUGAUGUGUGUAGACAGCUAGAUGAGUCAGGAAUUCCUACACGUGUGUAUCCCAUCACGAAAACGAGAUGCAUGUUGACCCAACAAAAUGAGAUAAAUUAAAAAGACCACUACUGAUAUGGACAGAAGAAACCGUGUUCAUGGGGUUGUUUCACGGAAACAGGCGGAGAUGGUUGCGAAGAAGGUUGGCAUGACAACUGAAAAGGUGCAAGAACUCCAAGAUACAUUUUACGUUUUUGAUCAGAAUGGCGACGGUAUGAUAACAACGGAUGAGCUAGCCACCGUGCUCUUCAAACUUGGUCAGAGACCUACACUGAGAGAAGUACAAGCUAUGAUCAAGUCCGUGGAUGCUGACAAAAGUGGAACAAUUGAUUUUGACGAGUUUGUUAAAAUAUUUGCCCAAAAGAUGUCAAUAGAUCCAGAAAAAGAACUUCAUGAAAUAUUUUGUGUUUUUGACAAAAAUAAGGAUGGAUUUAUAUCUUCAGAGGAACUUUAUGAAGUGUUGAGCAAACUAGGCGAAUCAAUUACCAAAGACGAGGCAUAUUUGAUGAUAAAAGAAGCCGACCUUGAUCGGGAUGGUAAAGUGAACUAUACAGAUUUUAAAGCAAUUCUUAAUUUUAGAUGAUACACUAAAGGCAAGUGAGAAAUCGGUGGAACCAUUUCAUUACCUCGUUGGGGUGUACAAAUAACAAUAUAAACAUUAACCGUCUUGACCAUUGAUGAAGUCAUUGGUGAACAUCAUCAUUAUUAUAUUUGUUUCAAUGUUAUACUAUAUAUAUAAUAGAUUUAGUGUAUAACGUUAACCAUUUUUAUUUUUAUACUAAUAACAAAUUGUAUUUUCAUAUCUCAACAUUUUUGUACUAAUAACAUACAUAUUUAUAUAUGUAACUGUAUUUUCUUAACCUA